CAGUAAAGCUGCGUAGCGCUCGCGGAAAAAGCCCGCUGUUGGUGUCUGAUUGGCCUGGAGGACGCUUCAUUUAAAUUAACACAACUCGAAUCGAGUUAUAUGUGUCGUGGCGCUUAGAAUUUAUCGUCGCUUUAUCAGAAAUGUUUUCUUUCUCAUCUACAGUCCAGCCGCAGGUCACAGUUCCACUGAGUCAGCUGAUCAACACCUUUCACUCAUUCAAAGGUUCAGUGGUCAAACCACAGCACAGAGAGAGGAGAACUGAGCAAGAACUACACAUCACCGCAGAGCCGUCAUGGAACCUCAGAGAUGUAGGAUUGACGGAUCUGGGAUUAGGACAGCUGGACGAACUUAUGGACAGACUGUUGCCUUGCAUGACUCAGGACGUAUCCUCGAAACCCCUGAGAUCUGAAUCGCACCCCUGGAGGACGUCCUACCUGUCCAAUGACUCCUUCUUUGACAACAAAUAUGGUUUUUCUGCUGCAACGAUGGGCGUGGCAUCGCCAGUUUUUUGCAAACAGAGGCCUUCUGCUCUUCAGACCGUGUGUGCUGAUUUAAACAUGUGGCCAGUGUUGAUCCAAAGACGAGGCUUUAAAACCCUGAAGUCGAAAACGAGGCGUCUUCAGAGUGGCUUUGAGCAUUCGCAGGAAACCGACACGUUCACGCCGUCUUUUAUGAAGGGCUUACUGAUGCGGGACAAAAGUCAAAUUCCAGAGACUUUAGACAAUCUUCUGAAAAGCAGAAACAUUCCUGACGCGCAUCACGACGCAUUCAAGACGGGUUUCGCAGAGGGCUUUCUGAAAGCUCAGGCUCUCACGCAGAGAACACAAGAGUCGUUAAGGCGAACGCGACUGAUCCUGUUGAUCCUCUUGCUGGUUGGAUUGUAUGGACUCUCCAAAACGCCGUUUCUAUCGGUGCGAUUCCGAACCACAUCAGGCCUGGACUCGGCAGUGGACCCGGUCCAGAUGAAAAACGUCACCUUCGAGCAUGUGAAGGGAGUGGAGGAGGCCAAGAACGAGCUGCAGGAAGUCGUGGAGUUCCUCAGGAACCCGCAGAAGUUCACCGUCCUGGGAGGAAAGCUCCCUAAAGGGAUUUUGUUAGUCGGGCCUCCAGGAACCGGGAAAACUCUGCUGGCGCGUGCCGUGGCUGGGGAAGCCGACGUGCCUUUCUACUACGCCUCCGGAUCAGAGUUUGACGAGAUGUUCGUUGGGGUCGGAGCAAGCCGCAUCAGGAACCUUUUUCGGGAGGCCAAAGCGAAUGCUCCGUGUGUGAUCUUCAUCGAUGAGCUCGACAGCGUCGGAGGGAAGAGAAUCGAGUCUCCCAUGCACCCUUAUUCAAGGCAGACCAUCAACCAGCUUCUGGCGGAGAUGGAUGGAUUUAAACCAAAUGAAGGCGUCAUCAUUAUCGGUGCAACAAAUUUCCCUGAAGCUUUAGAUAACGCUCUGAUCCGGCCGGGACGCUUUGAUAUGCAGGUCACUGUCCCCAGACCCGAUGUGAAAGGACGGACGGAGAUUCUGAAGUGGUACCUCAAAAAAAUCAAAGUAGACCCAGCUGUGGAGGCCGAAAUCAUCGCCAGAGGAACGGUGGGCUUCUCCGGAGCCGAGCUGGAGAACCUGGUGAACCAGGCUGCCCUGAAAGCUGCUGUGGACGAGAAAGACAUGGUGACCAUGAAGGAGCUGGAGUUCGCCAAGGAUAAAAUCCUGAUGGGCCCGGAGCGCCGGAGUGCUGAGAUAGAUCAGAAGAACAAGGUGAUCACAGCCUACCACGAGUCAGGACACGCCAUCGUCGCAUACUACACCAAAGACACCAUGCCCAUCAACAAGGCUACGAUCAUGCCAAGAGGCCCCACUCUGGGUCAUGUGUCCAUGCUGCCAGAGAACGAUCGCUGGAGUGAGACUCGAGCUCAACUUCUCGCUCAGAUGGACGUCAGCAUGGGGGGACGCGUCGCCGAGGAGCUCAUCUUCGGAAAUGAUAACAUCACCACAGGUGCAUCCAGUGAUUUCGACAGCGCUACAAAAAUCGCCAAAAUGAUGGUAACACACUUCGGCAUGAGUGAAAAGCUGGGUGUCAUGACGUAUACAGAUGUGUCGAAGCAAAGCCCAGAGACGCAAGCAGCCAUUGAACAGGAAGUCAGGACACUUCUCAAAGAUUCAUACGAGCGUGCUAAAGCUCUCCUGAAGGCUCGUGCGAAAGAGCACAAGAACCUGGCUGAGGCUUUGCUGAGGUACGAGACGCUGGACGCCAGGGAGAUUCAGAUGGUCUUGGAGGGGAAGACGUUGGACAGCAGAUGAGUUUCACAGCAUGUGGUGUGUGUGUGAGAGAGAGACGGGGAAACGUAUCGAAGUACAUAAGCAAUACAACACUCUGACAAGCUUAAACUCGAGCCUUUUAUGCUGUGUAUAUACAUAUAGCUAAAUGAUAAACAUGUUUAAAUCCACACGACUCCCCAAUUCCCGUUUACCUAAAGACGACGUUCUCCACAGUGGAGAGGUGAUGUAUGCAAAGGAAGAGUCAGAUGAUGUCAUUGCUGCUCGCUGUGACCUUUCGGAAAACGUAAAGGAGUGUACAGUAUAUCAAAUUCUCGAUGCACUUUGUAGGUAUAAUGACAGUGAUGUAUGUUUGGGGAGGAGGGGGGUGCUGCUUUCGGAUCAUUUUCCUCUAAGCAUGCUGGAUUACUUUCUCAGAAUUCCAUAAGAAGAUCGAUACAGAGAGACUCCACGUUUAUUCCUACUGACUUUUUUUUUUUUUAACCAAAGACCGGGGUUUCACAGAUUAGAAAUCAAAAUCGGAUGACGUACAGCUGGAGAAAACACUCGUCAUUCUAGUCCCAAGUUCAUUUUGUGCAACAUCUGGACUCGUUUAAGUCUGAGAUUUUCGUUUCGUAUGGUUCUCAUUUCAUUGUCUGUCUGUGAAACUAAAAUAAGAAUAUCUGAAAAUUCUGUCUACAUACGUAUUGGAGAAAAACCAAAAACAAACCCGACGCAAUCCUAAAGCCUCGUUACAGGUUUGCUUGAGGUUGCUGGCGAUCUGUGUGUUGCUGCAUUCGUAAUCGAACCCUUAGCUCCAAGAAUAAAGUAUAGUUUGGUUUGGUCAACAUUUCCCUCUUUGCCUUUCCUUUAUCUGAUCUAUGUUUAGUCCUGUGUAUAGAUCAAUAAACUACUUCUGUUAUGUUGGAACAUUUUAUCUUUGUAAAUAGAUGUAUAGAAGAAUGUAAGCUUGAGGAUUGAUGAUGGAUUUUUAUUUGGAAUUGAGCUUCGCAUGAUUUAAUGAGGAGUGAGUGUUUAAAUUAAUAAAGUUAUCUGACAAACUGA